AUGGACGUAAACAAGUAUUUCGAAGGAGACAUUACAAACUCGAAGUUCUUGGAGUACGCGCGACGCGUCAAGACCAUUGUCAUUCCGCCAUACAAGGAGAAAAUUUCCUACUCCAACCAAGUCUUUACAAGGCUCGCAACGCAACUCGGUGGGCGUCCGAUGCUUCCGCAGCUUGUUCGUCUUCGCAUCGAAGAUGUCGACGCGACAGGUUUAUGCCUCUUUCCUCUCCUCGCAUCGCCCACUGUGAAAGCCAUCGAAUUUUGUCGAGAGUCACUCUCUCGACCACACCUGUACCGAUCGGUUUUUCCCACGAUGACAACGGAUCUACCGGGGCUCAAAAGCAUCGUGUUGGUACACGACACCGCUACAUUUAAUUUGGGCCACAAGAUUCCAAGCAUGCUUCUCGAAAUCACAACCAUCCAGCGACUUCACUUCGAUCUACCAGGAACGUACCUUAACCCCGAUUUCCUGGUGGAGAUGGGCAAGAGGUUCAGACAUCUUGUCGAGCUCUCUUUAAACAUCAGCUUUCAUUCUGGAUCUUCUUGUCCGCGACCUGGAGCGACCGUCGAUCAGGACGGACUUUUCCCCGCGAUGUCGUCCCUCCACCUCACCGUUCGGGACGGCGCGAGCUGUCAUUUCAAACCGGGAUCCACACCAUUCUUAGAGUUAUGCCUUGGAUUUCCUCCCUCAUUUCUGUCGAGGUUGACCUCCUUGACCGUAUACAUUCCCAGCCACGUUACGCCAAGCAGCCUCGUCGGGCUCAAGGAGGUAUUCAGUCAGUCACCUUCCUUGCGACGAAUAGAACUACGGCAGGAUCCAGGGGUUGAUAUCCACCUCACAUUUGACGUGGUCCAGUCGAUCCUCAGCAUUGCAAGUAUAGCAGAGGUCAUACUGGACGUCCCCUCCCUCAGUCUCAGUCUUGGUUGGGGCGAAAGUGCCGACAGCAAAAUCAGCAAACUCAUCGACGCUGCUUACAGCUCAUCAAGAACGGCGCCCUUGCGGAAGCUGAUCUUUCCUCACGGUAUGAAUAAAACGUGCACUCUUCGACUCUUGAAGUAUAUUUCGCAGAAGGCUGUGGGCCUGGAGCACUUAUCCGUUCCGCUCCAUUCCAGCGCCUGGUCUCUUUCAAACCACUGGGAGACCGACCUCGUAUCCACCAGCACCAUUCGACAUUUGGAAAUCAGCGACACGCGAUCGACUGGAACCGGGCUUUCGUUUGAGGAACACGACAAUAUCGCACGGUACCUCGACCGCGUUUGCCCCAAUUUGAUGACGCUGGCGCCACGCGUCAAUUCUAGGGGCCAAGGUUCAAAUCACCAGGGAAGCUGGAAGUUUGUUGAUAGGUUGAGGAAGAAAGAGAAGGCCAUUCGUGUUUACGGGGGUCCAAAUGUCGCACUUUACUAG